ACAAAAAUAUUUUGUCAGGCAAUUUUUUCUCAUCGUGUAUAACUCUUCAGCCAUAGCCCCCCGCAGCAUCUCUUGAGCUUCUGAUGACACUCUCCGCCGCAAAGCCUUGAGCCCCCGACUCACACUACACUCUCCGCCGCAACGCCUUCAACCAGUGGUUCAAUUGGACAACGAGAAGGAGUAGCUCUGUUCGAUUCAGCUCUGGUUCAACCGUAGUUAUAGCUGCUUCGCACCAUCACACCGCUGCACACCUUUCAUUUUGUCACCGUUGUGCGGUUCACCUUGACCAGCCAUUUUGGCACCGUUGUUCGAUACUGUUUCAUUCUGCUUAGGUUGCGAUUGAAGUAUUUGAACUGAAGGAGUUAAAUAGCUGCAAGCUACUUACCGCUCUCCCUAGCUACCUUCUUUCCAAGGAGUUUCACAGUCUUAACUGACCAAUUGAAGGAAGGAAUUUUGAGAUACGUUCAAUAAUUUCCCCAAUUGGAGUGUCGAUAAGCUCAGGUAAAGGAUCAUGGUUGCAUUUAAAAAUAGGUACAUGGUAAUGGAAGUUUUCUUGGAUCCAAAUCGGGACCUUGUGGGGGAUGAUCCUAUCAUAAUCACACAAUUUAAUGUGUCAAAAGCAAUAAAAGACAGCAUUCUAGUAAACUAUGGAGAGUGUGGUUUGGCUUCAUCGCUUGGAUCAUUACAAGUAAAAUAUGUAAAUCCCAUCACAAAGCUAUGUAUUAUCAGAGCCUCACGAGAGGAUUACCAGAAGGUUUGGUCUGCAAUUACCAUGGUUAGGAGUAUUGGAAAUUGCCCAGUGUUAUUCAACUUACUGGACCUAAGUGGGAGUAUUAAGGCCUGCAGAAGUGCUGCUUUAAAGUGUGAUGAAGCUAAAUUUGCACAGUACAAGCUUGUGGUUGGAGACCGUCUUUCAGAGGAUGUUACUAAACACAUGCAAAAUUGUCUUGAAAAGAUCAAGAUUUUGGAGCACUGAGAAUUGUAUGUGUAGCCUACUCUUCUUUCAUGCAAUUUUUUUCCCCGCAAAAUUUAACAUUAUAAGCUUGAUUCUUUCUGGAAGGACUGCUAAGUUCAUUUUCAACAACAUAAAUCAUAUUUUGUAAAUUACCUUCUUUGAUUGAGUUGACAUGUUUUUAUCUAAUAGUUGAAAAUCAAAGUUCACAGAAAGUAAAUUAAAUACAAAUUUACCUUUGAGAGCACCAAUUAGCUGAUCUGCUUGUGUCUCUCAAUAAAUGAAUCUUGAAUUUUA